CACACUUUAGAGAGCAGCAAAGACCAUCUUGCCAUGAAACCAUUCACAGAUGAAGAUGUAGAAAUGUACAUCCAGAGCAAGGUGGAACGGCGACAUUAUCUGGUUUCCAAAGCAGUGGAGGAGGUGCAGAAAGUCAUUCAGCAACUGACAGCAGAAAUCGGAUACAAGGCCACACGAUUCCAGGCCAUCUCCAGCUCUGGCAUUCACAAUGAGAAUAUAAAGGUCUUAGCACCCAGCCAAUUCCUCAUCACAGUCCCUCUGCGUGGUCUGACCGGGUACAGGGAAUGCCAGGUACGGCACUGGCGUUAUUACACCGUGCAUGGAGCCAAGCUCCUCUCCUCCGUGAGGGACCCCGAGGAAUUACAUCAAUGGCUGGAGGUGGAGCAGUUCUCAAAAAGCCUUCAGCAGUGGCAUGAAAAGGACGUGAACAUCGAAGGUGAUCUGGUUCCAGCCAAAGUCCUUAUCAUCUUCCGGGAUCUGGUGGAGAAGUCGAUUAUCUCCUGUAACCUCUCCAGUAAAGUGACGGUGCUGGAGAGCUUCAGCUCAGUGGUCCGAGUGGCUGUGGAGACAUCAGAAUCCCAAGUCGAGGUGGAGCUGGUUCCUGCUGUGGAGAUUCCAACUUGCUGGCCCGAGAAAGCCCGGUGGCCACGUUGCCUUAAGCGCUGGCCUUCCCAGGAAAAAGUGCAGUGUGUCAAGUCACUUGGUUUUGACCUUUUGGCCCGCUCCAGUUAUCACUGGCAACUGUGCUUCUCCCGUGCUGAGCAUAUACUCAUGGAAGGACUUGAUGAAGACGGUGGUUGUCGCAUGAAGUGCUUCAGGGUCCUGAGGCAGAUGAAGGAAGAUGUCUGGUGUGCUGGAAAUAAGCCUGUCAUCACGGCUUAUCACCUUCAGACAGUGCUAUUCUGGACGUGUGAAAAAUACCCACACACCAAGGAUUGGCGCUGCUUCCACGAAGCCUUUCUGAGGCUGGUGCAGAAGCUGCACAAGUGUGUAAGCCAGCACUUCCUCAAGCAUUACUUUGUCAAGAAUACCAAUCUGCUCAAAUAUGCCAACACCAGUGACCUGGACCUUCUGGCCAGCAAGCUCGCAGUCUUCUUGGAGAACCCUGUCUUCUGCCUGGACUAA